AGUGCUGAGCGUUGAAAACUUAAUGUCAGACACAUAAAAAAAAAGAAAAAGAUUCUGCUCCAACGCAGAAACAAGCUCUCCCUCUGCCUAUGGUUUUAUUUUCAUUCAUUUUUACAGAGACUGUGAAUCCAACACGGAAAGUGUUUAGUGCAAAGUUAUUUGAAUGGCGUGUGGCAGUCCUGUUUUGGAAGAGGACCUCCACCGAUUUUAUACGUCACGAGUCAGCGCUAGUUGGAAUAUUAACUGUGUUGUCUUCUUCUGCUGAUGAUCUAAUUGCCGAACCAAUAGACAAAGAGACCGAUGUUAGUGUGUGUAUUUUCAGUCUGCAAUUGGGAGUGUGUUUGGGUGUUCCAUAGAAAAUAAGCCAUACACACUGUGAGUUCGACGAUCGGGACUCUUCAUAUCAGACAGCUGAGCAGCUCUUCUGGAUUUCGCUGACGCUGCGUCUGGUCCCGCCUGGCCUCCUCUGAGCAGGAUGGACACUCUGGAGUCAGAGCUGACCUGCCCAAUCUGCCUGGAGCUCUUUGAAGACCCACUUCUGCUCCCCUGUGCCCACAGCCUGUGCUUUGGCUGCGCCCACCGUAUCCUCAUCUCCCACUGCGCCACCAACGAAUCUGUUCAGAGCAUCGGCGCCUUCCAGUGCCCCACUUGUAGAUAUGUCAUUUCUCUGAGUCCAGAGCGUGGAUUAGAAGGACUUAAGAGAAACGUGACCUUACAGAACAUUAUUGAUAGAGUUCAGCGAGCCUCAUCUUCGGCUGGGCUCCCUAUACCACUGCCUCUGCCUGCUCCCCACAGCGGGCCCAACUCUCCCGGUGAGGAAGGGAGCAACCGCUUGGCGCUAGUCCCCGUCAGCGCCGCCAUGUCCAGCCCAGGUACGCCUCCCGAACCGGUCCAGUGCCAGUUCUGCGAGCAGGACCCCCCGCAGGAUGCCGUCAAGACGUGUGUGACAUGCGAGGUGUCAUACUGCGAGGAGUGCCUCAGAGCGACGCACCCCAACAAGAAGCCGUUCACCGGCCACCGUCUCAUUGAGCCCAUGCCAGACUCCCACCUCAGAGGGCUCCAGUGUCUGGAGCAUGAGGAGGAGAAAGUGAACAUGUACUGUGUCACGGAUGAUCAGCUGAUCUGCUCGCUGUGUAAACUGGUCGGAAGGCACAGGGACCACCAGGUGGCAGCACUGAGUGACCGUUAUGAAAAACUCAGGCAAGCCCUGGACUCCAACCUGAGUAAUUUGAUCAAGAGGAACAACGAGCUGGAGUCACUUAUGGGCAAACUGAUCCAGACUUGUCAACAUGUAGAGGUGAACGCGUCCCGCCAGGAGGGCAAGCUCAUCGAGGAGUGUGAUGUCCUGAUUGACAUUAUUCAGCAGAGGAGGCAGAUCAUUGGCAGCAAGAUCAAGGAGGGAAAGACGCAAAGGCUUCGGAAGCUCGCCCAACAGAUCUCCAACUGCAAGCAGUGCAUCGAGAGGUCCUCAGCCCUCAUCACGCAGGCCGAUCAGACACUGAAAGAAACCGAUCACGCUCGCUUCCUGCAGACUGCCAAGAGCAUCAACGAGAGGGUUUCCAUGGCAACCGCAUCAACCCAAGUGCUGAUCCCUGAGAUACACCUAACGGACACCUUCGACACCUUCGCCCUGGACUUCACCAGAGAGAAGAAGCUGCUGGAGAAUCUGGAUUACCUCACUGCUCCAAGUGCUCCUUGCAUAAGGGAAGAGUUGUGCACAGCUUCCUACGACACCAUCACUGUUCACUGGACGUCUGAUGAUGAAUUCACCGUGGUGUCCUAUGAGCUCCAGUAUGCCAUCUUCACUGGACAGUCUAACAUUGCUAGUCUCUGUAACUCAUUGGAGAGCUGGAUGAUUGUCCCCAACAUCAAGCAGAACCACUACACGGUACACGGCCUGCAGAGCGGCACCAAGUACAUCUUUGUUGUCAAGGCCAUUAACCAAGCAGGAAGCAGGAGCAGUGAACCAGGGACUCUGAAGACCAACAGCCAGCCAUUCAAGCUGGACCCCAAAUCUGCUCACAAGAAGCUGAAGGUGUCCCAUGAUAACCUGACGGUGGAGCGGGACGAAACCACAUCCAAGAAAGGCCACAACCAGGAGCGGUUUACCAGCCAGAGCAGCUAUGGUGUGGUGGGAAAUGUCUUCAUCGACAGCGGGCGUCACUACUGGGAGGCUCUGAUUGGAGGGAGCACAUGGUACGCUGUGGGUAUAGCCUACAAAUCAGCCCCCAAGCAUGAGUGGAUCGGCAAGAACUCCGCCUCCUGGGUGCUCUGCCGCUGCAACAACUCUUGGGUGGUUCGCCACAACAGCAAGGAGCUGGCCAUCGAGCCUUCGCCCCACCUGCGGCGUGUCGGGGUCCUGUUGGACUACGACGCCGGAUACGUGACCUUCUACGAUGCCGUGGGUUCCCAGCACCUGCACACAUUUCACGUCUCCUUCAUCCAGCCUGUGUGUCCUGUGUUUAACGUGUGGAAUAAGUGUUUGACGGUUCUCACUGGUCUACCCAUCCCCGACCAUCUAGAGGGACCGGAAUCCCAAAACUGAAAGCUACAGACAGACACGAAUAAAUCAGCAUAAACUGGCCCCUUUAUCUUAAAGCUGCACUGGGCAAGAUUUCUGAAAAUUCACUAAGAUCUGCUGAAUUUGCCCAAAUUAAAUUCUGCUCACAUGCACUGUUGCACUCCCAGAGGCAGUGACAAAACAAUAUGUGAAAUAUAAACUGUCUCCCAACCAGCAGCUAGCUGGCACUUGGUCCUAAAAGGCUGGACUUACCAGUAGCUGGUCAUUUCUUCUUUUCCCAUUUGGUUUUCUUUGGUACGUACUGCUACAGACCAGCUGUUUUGGUGAAAUGAGCUUGUGAGUAAACUAAAGUCAUCACUUUCUCUAUCAAAAUAAUUCAAACACUUGCUACUAUUAGUGCAAAGUGACCUAGUGCAGCUUUAAUGUGCAAAGACAAAAGGAAGAAAUUCCUGAGCUGUUGUUUCAUCAAGCUUCUCAAAAGUGAUUAGCAAUUGUUUAUUAUGAUUUCUAAAAGCAAAUAUGAUGCUGGUUCAUGUUGUAUUUGAUUCAAAAAGACUUAAUGUAAACCUAUUCUAGAUGGAUGGCAGUAAGCUGGAGUCAGUGCAGAGGAAACCAGAAACAAAUGGACCUUGUUGGACCAGAAAUUCCUACUCUAAGGCACUUUGGGCUACGAUGGGCAUAUUUGUACCACGGCAACUAGGAAACAAGCCACAAAUCAAUUUCUAUAUAUUUUUUACACCAUCUUAACAGAUAUAGCACUUUUAAAAUCCUUCAAAGUUCACACACUGCAUAUACACACACACACACACACACACACACACACACACACACACACACACACACACACACACACACACACACACACACAAAACAUGAAUGCAUUCGCAUAUACCACCCCUACUUUAAUUAAUCACGGUUGCUGAAAGAGCAGAGUAACAGGUGUAUAUUUCGUGAAUUCAUAGGCAUUCCCCCUAACCGUUCCCUCGUUCAUUAAAAAGGAACCAAAGUAGCCAUUGCUGUCUGUUCAGAUGUGUUCACAUAAAAUUUUACCCUAAAUAAAUGCUGAAUUAUUUUUAAAAGUGACAGAGAGGAAAUAGCAUUAUGGUAAUAUUAAAAGCAAAGUAUUCCUUUAAAUGUAGACCUUGUUUUUGCACAUUGUUUAUACUUUAUUCAUGGUUUUGUAGCCUAACAGUUUCAUUCAUUUUGGUGCAAUUAACAUGCAUUUAUAUGGGAAAAGUGUUGUGUUCUGUUUGACUUAUUGUGUUAAUUUCCUUUUUUGGCAGCCAGACAAGUCCUGCCAUUAUGAUUUUAUGUGAUACAUAAUAUGUUGUGUAAGAGUUGUAACCCCAGGUUAUUAUUGGAGCUAAGGGGUAAAAUGCACAAUUGGGAGUAAUUUUUUUUCUUACUUUUCUCUAAAACAAGCUGUUCAGUGAGAAAUAUUUGUGCUGGUGUGCUAAUACUCUAGAACCAGAUUAGCAUUUAAGUGUCUUCCCAUUAUAUCUUAUAAAAAUUUUCAAUUUUACGUCAUUUUCACACUGAGGUCUUAUCUCAUCAAAUCCACAUGCAGCAUAUUGUUUGAAGAUAAUAAAAGUUCUGUUACUCUCUAUAAUAACACACCUUUUUCACUUAAGACAACACAGCCAUAUACAUGGGGAUCUCCUUGGACUUACUGCAUAAAGAUGAUAUCAGUAACGUGCACUCACUCUUUACUUCAGUCAUGGGCUGAAUCCGAUUUUGAAUUUCCUUCAUUCCUUGCAAUUUAAAAAGGACAAAAAGGCUCAAAUGAGAUUCAGCCACUGAUACUCACAGGUCUAGGCCCUUACAGCGAAACCUCCCAAAGGGACAUUGUCGAUUCUAAAUCCUAUAAAUCUGUUUUCUUGUAUAUGUAAUAAUGUUUCAAAGGUGACAAAAAUGGAGCUCCUCAGUGUAAAUACGAUUUGGUUGUAUUUCUCAAUGUUGCGUUGUUUCAAUAACCAGGACACUUAAAAAUAUGGAGGACAAAUAAAAAUCUAUUCUUUAAUUCUGUGUUCCCUUGGCAACAAAUUGAGCUGUAUGUUUAAUUGUAUCUGAUACAGAUAUAUAUAGUGCUUAAUUAAUGUUUCCAUUUGAACUUGAUGACCCCGGUGUAUAUUCUGUCUCUGUGGACAGUUUUAUGGAAAACAGGAUAUGAGUGCUUGCAUCACUGUCGUCUGAGAUAAGUCUAU